AUGGAAUCUCUGAUUCCUGUCAUUUCCAAACUUCAGGAUGUGUUCGCGACAAUUGGCAACAGAGAAGCUGAAGUCCAGCUGCCUCAAAUUGUCGUAGUCGGCUCUCAAGUGAGUUUUUGCCGCUUAAUUCAUGUAGUCUUAGAGUGCCGGCAAGAGUUCCGUGAUUGAAGGUAUUGUUGGUCGCGAUUUUCUGCCAAGAGGAACUGGAAUUGUGACCAGAAGACCUUUGCUACUUCACCUUGUUCAUGCUCCGUUUGAUGACAGCAGAAGAAAGGAGUCUGGUAUCCCGGCCAAAGACGAUUGGGCCGUGUUUGAUCACACUGGAAGCGACAUUUUUACUGAUUUCACUCAAGUCAGGAAGGAGAUUGAAGAUGAAACUGAUAGGUUUUGUGGUUCGAAUAAGGUCAGUUUUUCAUUAGUUUUUUCGAUUUUAGGUAAUAAUUAGAUUUUAAAGGAUAUUGAUCUGUAUAGAGAGACAGAACGUGAAUGUUUUUAAGAUCAUAACAUUUAGUUUAUGUUAAUUUCAGGGAAUCUCCGAUAAGCCCAUAACCCUGAGGAUAUUCUCUCAUCGUGUAGUCAAUCUGUCUUUAAUCGAUCUUCCUGGGAUAAUCAAGGUUCCCAUUGGAGACCAGCCUCAGGAUAUUGAAGAACAAGUCCGUAAAUUGAUAUUGAGCUACAUCACCAAUCCAAAUUCAUUAAUUUUGGCAGUAACAGCCGCGAAUCAAGAUUUUGCGACGUCUGAACCUUUGAAAUUGGCCAGAGAUGUAGAUAGAGAUGGAGAUCGUACGCUAGCAGUCUUAACUAAAUUGGAUCUUAUGGAUAGAGGAACAGAUGCCAUGGAGGUAUUGACUGGCCGGACAGUUCCUGUGAAGCUCGGUAUCAUUGGAGUUGUGAAUCGGUCUCAAGCUGAUAUUCAGGCUGACAAAUCCAUUGAAGAUUGUUUGAAAGAUGAAGCCAAGUUCUUGGCAAAGACUUAUCCUACCCUGGCGACGAGGAAUGGAAUUCAGUAUUUGUCAAAAACUUUAAACAGAGUAUGUUUACUUAAACUUAAAAACCUUAUGGUUUUUAUGUUUAGGUACGCAAUCUUUAUUAUUAUAAAAUGAAUUGCUGCCGUUUAAAUGUAAUUUUAAUAUACCCAAAGCUAUUUUCAGCUCUUAAUUCACCACAUUCGCGAAUGUCUACCUCAACUCAAAGUACGGGUGAACACGUUGAUGUCACAAUGCAGAUCGUUGCUCAAUUCUUACGGUGAACCAGUUGGUGAUAAGAGCAGGACCUUGUUGCAGUUGAUUAAUAACUUUGCGAACGCCUAUACCUCUACGAUUGAAGGCACUUCCAAAAACAUCGAGACUUCUGAAUUGAUUGGUGGAGCCAGAAUCUCGUACAUCUUUCACGGUACUUUUGUAGAAGCGUUGGAGCAAGUCGAUCCUAUGGAGAAGCUGAGCACUAUAGACGUUUUAACAGCCAUCAGGAACGCUACUGUAAGAAUUUUUGUUAUUUUUUUUGGAAUUUAUAAUAUUUUUUAACUUAAAGCCUUGUUUUGUUAAUUAAGACUUGUUUUUGAUACCUAAAAAUUGAUUUCAGGGCACAAAACCAGACCUGUUCAUUCCUGACGUUGCCUUUGAGCUGUUGGUGAAGAAACAAAUCGAACGACUUCAUGAGCCUUCUUUGUGUUGUGUCGAUAGAGUGUACGAAGAACUGAUGAGGAUCGUGCAACAAUGUGGCAUUGAUAUUCAACAGGAGAUGCAGAGGUUCCCAAGGUUGUACGAAAGGAUUCAUGAAAUUGUAUCCAGUCUGUUGUCUGGUCGGUUAGGAUCUACGAAACAGUUUGUAAAGGACCUGGUACGAAGUGAGAUGGCCUACAUUAACACGAAACAUCCGGAGUUCGGAGAGAUGUCGCUAGUUGAGUCGAUGAGUUCAACAGCUCUUAUUCAGAGAAGUCAAGUUCAAGUUGACGGAAAAGUGGCACCAUCACCUGAUGUAAGGCAUUUCAGAUGUUGCUUUUGAGAGGAUAUUAUUUUCCGUUGGGUUGAGUGCUAAUUUGUUAACAUUCAUCUAUAGUUUUAUAUAAUAUAUAUUUCAGAGUGGCAGCCUGGCUCCUCAACCAGAACUGAACGGUAAUGCUGGUACCGCCAAUCAGCCUAACUACUCUGCUGUCGCUGGAGAAGUGAUUCAAACGGCUAAUGCUGUUAUCAAUGGAUCUCCUACUAAACAAGCUGGCAGUUAUAUUGGAUCGUGGUUGUUCAACCGUAACCUACCUCAUCAGAAUAACGUAGUUACCACAAAGGCCAACUCAAUUCCAACGACACAAACUAUCGAGCGGAAUCUGACCAGGAAUCUCACAGCCAAAGAACAAAAGGAGUACAUGAUGUUUGGUAGGCUAUUUAAAACUGUAGUAAACCUUAGUUUGAGCUUUUUCAAUCACAUUUUAUUAGUUUUAAGUUUUUUAAUAAAAUAUUGGUUUCAGAGCGCCUGAUCAGGUCGUACUUUGCCAUAGUAAGGAAGAAUAUACAGGAUUUAGUGCCAAAGGGCAUUAUGAGGUUCAUGGUUAACCAUGUCAAGGAGAACUUACAGAGUGAAUUAGUACAACAAUUGUACAAAGAAAAUGAGCUCGACGAUUUGUUAGCUGAAAGCGAACUUAUGGCACAGCGACGGAAAGAAUCGGCCGAAAUGCUAGCGGUAAGCAGUAGUUUUACAUUUCACCACGGGUUUUACUUUGUGUUUCAAAGUCGCAUUUUACCAUGGUUUACCUCAAGAAAAAUUUGACAAAUUGAUAAAACAUUUUUAUACUAGUAAUAUGUCUGAUUUCAGGCUCUACAAAAGGCAGCCCAGAUGAUUAGUGAAGUUCGCGAGACACAUUUGUGGUAA